AUGGUCAUUAAUUUAACCAGCCUCUCCUUUCUUGACAGUAUAAUCCUGAAGUCUUAUUUUCAGAGAAAAGAAAGUGUUCUUAAUGUCACUGAGUUGUAUUAUGAUAGACUGUAAGCAGAUAUUUGAAGAGAUCAAUCACUGAUUCCUGGACCAUUUGUUGCAGAGGAUUAGACCAGUUGGCCAGAUGUCUCUUGUGAACUGCUGCUGGAUGACCAGGAUUCCAUGUAAUUGAUAAUGUUGGAGAUCAACUCUGCAACUUUCUUCAGCAUUCAGUUGUUAAAAACAAGUAGGAUGCAAGUGUCUCAACUCCGGAUUAUGAAAACAGUACUUGGAAAACUGAAACCUAUCUAAAUGAUUGUCUUUGGUUGGGCCGUGUUCUUAGCAAGCAGAAGCCUUGGCCAGGGUCUGCUGUUGACUCUUGAGGAACACAUAGCCCACUUCCUGGGGACUAGAGGUGCCACUGCUGCCAUGGGUAAUUCCUGUAUCUGCCGAGAUGACAGUGGAGCAGAAGAUAGUGUUGACGCCCAGCAGCAACAGGCUGAGAACAGUGCAGUACCCACUGCUGACAUAAGGAACCAACCCCGGGAUCCUGUUCGGCCACCAAGGAGGGGCCGAGGACCACAUGAGCCAAGGAGAAAGAAACAAAAUGUAGACGGGCUAGUGCUGGACACACUGGCAGUCAUACGGACUCUUGUAGAUAAUGAUCAGGAACCUCCCUAUUCAAUGAUUACAUUGCACGAAAUGGCAGAAACAGAUGAAGGAUGGUUGGAUGUUGUCCAGUCUUUAAUUAGAGUUAUUCCAUUGGAAGAUCCAUUGGGACCAGCUGUUAUAACAUUGUUACUAGAUGAAUGUCCAUUGCCCACUAAAGAUGCACUCCAGAAAUUAACUGAAAUUCUCAAUUUAAAUGGAGAAGUAGCUUGCCAGGACUCAGGUCAUCCUGCCAAACACAGGAACACAUCAGCUGUCCUAGGCUGCUUGGCGGAGAAACUAGCAGGUCCUGCAAGUAUAGGUUUACUUAGCCCAGGAAUACUGGAAUAUUUGCUACAGUGUCUGAAGUUACAGUCCCACCCCACAGUCAUGCUUUUUGCACUUAUCGCACUGGAAAAGUUUGCACAGACAAGUGAAAAUAAGUUGACUAUCUCUGAGUCCAGUAUUAGUGACCGGCUUGUCACAUUGGAGUCCUGGGCUGAUGAUCCUGAUUAUUUGAAACGUCAAGUUGGUUUCUGCGCGCAGUGGAGUUUAGACAAUCUCUUUUUGAAAGAAGGUAGGCAGCUGACCUAUGAGAAAGUAGACUUGAAUAGCAUUAAAGCCAUGCUGAAUAGCAAUGAUGUCAGCGAGUACUUGAAGAUCUCGCCUCAUGGCUUGGAGGCUCGCUGUGAUGCCUCCUCUUUUGAAAGUGUGCGCUGCACCUUUUGUGUGGAUGCUGGGGUGUGGUACUAUGAAGUAACAGUGGUCACUUCUGGCGUCAUGCAGAUCGGCUGGGCCACACGUGACAGCAAAUUUCUCAAUCAUGAAGGCUAUGGCAUUGGGGAUGAUGAAUACUCCUGUGCAUACGAUGGUUGCCGGCAGCUGAUUUGGUACAAUGCCAGAAGCAAGCCUCACCUACACCCAUGCUGGAAAGAAGGAGAUACAGUAGGAUUUCUGUUAGACUUGAAUGAAAAGCAAAUGAUCUUCUUUUUAAAUGGCAACCAGCUGCCUCCUGAGAAGCAAGUCUUUUCAUCUACUGUAUCUGGAUUUUUUGCUGCAGCUAGUUUCAUGUCAUAUCAACAAUGUGAGUUCAAUUUUGGAGCAAAACCAUUCAAAUAUCCACCAUCUAUGAAAUUUAGCACUUUUAAUGACUAUGCCUUCCUAACAGCAGAAGAGAAAAUCAUUUUGCCAAGGCACAGGCGUCUUGCUCUGUUGAAGCAAGUCAGUAUCCGGGAAAACUGCUGCUCCCUGUGUUGUGACGAGGUAGCAGACACACAGUUGAAGCCAUGUGGACAUAGUGACCUGUGCAUGAAUUGUGCCUUGCAACUGGAGACCUGCCCAUUGUGUCGUAAAGAAAUAAUGUCUAGAGUCAGACAGAUCUCUCAUAUUUCAUGACACAUGUGAAGAGGAAUCACGAACUUACGGACUUAUUUCUACUCAAUUUCAGCCAAUGUUGAAAAGAAAAAGAAAAAAGCCCAUCUCUAAUCAGUCGUAUGCACAUUGAAACUUGUAGCCAUGGCCAGAUUUUAUGCUAAAAAUGGUAGUUUGUCAAAGACAAAAUUCUCUUAGAACCUAACCCAACUUGCCAGCCCUGAGAAAUUCCAUUCAAGGCCAAGGAAAGCUGAAUGCUAACAAGCCCGGCCUGUAGUACUUCCAUGAAAAACAGUAAGGGACAAUGCCCUCUUGAGUGCUGAAACCACACUGGAAUUCUCCUUGUUGGGUUCAUUUAACACAGGAUGUUUUGUCUUAUAUUCUAAAGUUUUAUUUGGACAGAAGAAGGUCAUUAUGGAGAAGUAAAUGAUAGCGUUUCUGGGUUGAGUGUAACUUCCCACUGGUCAGAGAUAUAGCUGUGUGGUAAGUGUGGAUAUUGCACUGUAAGACUUGAAUCUAUAAAACUAGAAUCACACAGGUCAAUACCAUGAGCAACUUGGAGGGCCUGAAAGAAGGUGCACAGACUGUAGAAAAAAAAACCAGAUUUUUGUAUUUCAGUGAUUCCAAAGAACAUUCUAGUUUUUUUUAACUGCAGAAAAUCGGUGGUAUUUUCACAUUCAUGGUGUUGCUACCCAAUUUCAGUACCCACAUUUUGUGACGAGAAAAUGUUUCAACAAUGCAGGAGGAAUUCUUAAAUUAACUGCAGUGGUUGGAGAAAAUGUGGUAUUUAGGGUAUUUUUAAGAUACCAUCAAAUCAGGUUUUUUUUGU